AUGGACACUUUAUCAAUAAAAACAUACCUACUCUCUACAUUUGCAAUUUUGCAAAUACAACCCUCUUCUUUACUCUCUCUCUCUCUUUUUUUAAUGGCGACUAGGAUUCCUUUCACAGAGUCUCAAUGGGAAGAGCUUGAAAAUCAAGCUCUUGUCUUCAAGUACUUAGCUGCAAAUGUUCCAGUUCCACCUCAUCUUCUCUUCCUCAUCAGAAGACCCUUUCUCUUCUCUUCUUCUUCUUCUUCUUCUUCUUCUUCAUCUUCUUCUUCACCUUCCACCUUCCUAUCUCCACACUUUGGAUGGAACGUGUAUGAGAUGGGAAUUAGAAGAAAGAUAGACGCAGAGCCAGGAAGAUGCAGAAGGACUGAUGGCAAGAAAUGGAGAUGCUCUAAAGAAGCUUCUACGGAUUCUAAGUACUGUGAGAGACAUAUGCAUAGAGGCAAGAACCGUUCAUCAAGAAAGCCUCUUCCUCCACUUCCUCCUCCUCAAUUCACUUUUUCCUCCACACCAAGUCUCUCUCUAGACUCUUCUCUCUCUUCUUCUUCCAGGGUAAGAAGUAAAAGACGUGGAUACAUGGAUGAUUUCUUCUCCAUAGAACCUUCAGGGUCAAUCAGAAGCUCCUCUGGUUUAGCAGUGGAAGAUUAUGAUGGCUCUUGUGGAUAUGAAUCUCUGAAACAGAGGGAGAAGCAGCCUAAUCGAAGUUGCUUCAUCCUUGGCACUGACUUGAGGACGCGAGAGAGGCCACUGAUGCUUGAGGAGAAGCUGAAACAAAGAGAAGACAAAGAUUAUGAAGAUGAAGAUGAGGAAGAAGAGCAACGGAGUAAGAGAGUUUAUAAGUUCCUUGAUGAAUGGCCUUCUUCUAAAUCUUCAGUUUCUACCUCACUCUUUAUUUGA